CUCUUUGAAUUCUCAACGUUUUCAUUGCUUCUUUGCCCCAAUGGCUUCCACUUUAGCCAUACAUCCAUUCUUUUCUAUCAAUCACAAGCAUUCAAGUUUUUCUUUCAAACCCAGCUCAAAUGUGCGUAAUAUCUAUGUAAAGAAGGCAACUUUUGCUCUCAAAGGAUAUCAAAACAUUCAUAAACGAUGCCAUCAGAGGAAUUCUUUGGCACCCAUUAGUGUUUUUGAGUCCAAUAUCUUGUUCUUACGAAGGGGUUAUCAAGAAAGCGUCAAUAGACGAAGAAUUUCAAUGAAAACAAUGAGUGCAAGUAGUGGUAGCACCAGUUCUACUGCUUCACAAACUGUGUUGAAGGUCUUGCAUUUACUUCUUUCGCUUGGGAUUAUACUUGCGAUGGACAAAUUCUUGAAAAAGGCCUUUGUUGCCGCCGCUAUAAAGUUCCCAAGUGCACUGUUUGGUAUGUUCUGCAUAUUUUCUAUCUUGAUGAUUCUUGAUGUUACUGUCCCUGCUGCUGCCACAAGCUUGAUGAACUUCUUCGAGCCGGCUCUCUUGUUCAUUCAGAGAUGGCUUCCUUUGUUCUAUGUUCCCUCAUUAGUUGUCCUGCCUCUUUCUGUUAGAGAUAUCCCCGCCGCUUCAGGCGUCAAGAUUUGCUUCAUUGUAGCUGGAGGCUGGCUGGCUUCGUUAUGUGUAGCGGGUUUUACAGCCAUUGCAGUCAGAAAAGCUGUGAAGACGGAAAUGAUAGAUGCUGAACCUAUGUCAAAGCCACCCCCCUUUUCUUCCUUGGAGCUUUGGACAUGGAGUGGUAGUUUUCUGAUAGCAUUUGCUGCUGCAUUACUAUAUCCUACAGCAUUGGGGACAAGUGCUAGAACGUGCCUUCCAUUCCUUCUUGCGUCCACCGUGUUAGGCUACAUAGUUGGUUCCCGGUUCCCGUCUGAUGUCAAGAAGGUUUUCCAUCCAAUCAUCAGCUGCGCCCUAUCUGCAGAUUUGGCAGCAUUGGCAUUUGGCUACCUUUCCAAAUCUGGACUUGAUCCUGUUCUAGGAUACUAUCUUACAAAGAUGUCAUCUAAUCCUGGAGCCGGCGAUGUGCUAAUGGGGUUUUUGGGAUCUGUUAUUCUUUCUUUCGCCUUCUCAAUGUUCAAACAGAGGAACCUCGUCAAGAGGCAUGCUGCUGAGAUUUUCACAUCUGUCAUCCUGUCAACACUAUUCUCCUUGUAUUCAACCGCGCUCAUCGGACGUCUUGUUGGAUUAGAACCAACUUUGACAGUAUCAAUUCUCCCCAGAUGCAUAACUGUUGCAUUAGCCCUAAGCAUCGUCUCGUUUUUCGAUGGUGCAAAUUCAUCUCUAACAGCAGCUGUUGUUGUAGUAACUGGUCUAAUUGGUGCAAAUUUUGUGCAAGCAACACUAGAUAAACUACAGUUUCGCGAUCCUAUCGCUCGAGGCCUAGCAACUGCUUCCAGUGCACAUGGACUGGGAACAGCAGCAUUGUCGGCAAAGGAACCAGAAGCUCUACCAUUUUGUGCCAUUGCUUAUGCUCUUACUGGUAUCUUUGGCUCUUUGAUUUGCUCAGUUCCUGCAGUUAGACAAAGCUUGCUUGCCAUAGUUGGCUGAAGCUGCAGUUUGCUGCUUAAUUUAUCAACAUUAAUUCUGGUUGUAAUUGUGUCUUCUGUAGACAGCAAAUACUACUACUAGUUCAAUACUACCCAUUUAUUUAUGUGAAUUGAUGUGUAUAAGUCGAACAUUUGACUUUGUAGAGAUCUCGAGUUCGAGCC